AUGGUGGCUCCAAGGAACACUGCUUAUGCUGAGGAGAGCGCCGAGGUUGAGGUGCUCUACGCCAACCUCGAAAAGCUGAACCGGCUCACCAAGAAGAUCCAGGGAUCUAUGGUACGAUUGGAGACAGGAGGAAAGGUCGUCAAGGAAGCCAUUGGGCCCAUCUACAGCAACACCCAAUCUCUGCAAAUUACCAACACCAACAUCGACAAGGUCAACGAUGCGAUCGAUCGCUUGCGCCAACCUCUCGAUGCGAAGAAUCGCGAAGAUGGUAUCAUUCGCGCAGGUCCGCAGAGUUCCGGCCUCCAACAGUAUCUCUCCGCGAUGAAACGUGUUGAAAAGGCGCUGGUCGACCUCAACACGACGAACCUGCGAUCCAAUCAAAAAGCGAUGGCCGACUUCAAUUCACUCUUGAACACUGGAAGCUUAAAGUUGCAAGACACAUUACGGGCCGAAUUAAGCCAACACGCCACACCUAUCGAACCUCUACACUAUCUUACCAAAGACCUUCCAUUCCCGUCUAUCCCUGAAGACACAAUCUCGCACCUAGCACCAUUAUGCUCGGCGGUUGGCUCUGCUUCCGUCUAUGGACCCCAGCGCAGCAAGGGCGAGAACCCCGCGUUGAAAGUAUAUGCCGAGGUACGGGGACCAUAUAUUACAGCCAGUUUGCAGAAUCUUGCGAUUGCCUCCAUGAAUACCGUCAAGCGCAGAGCCACAGAUGGUCCUUACAAGCAAGGUACCAAUGGUAUUGGUCUCUACUCGAGUGCACUAGAAGCGUUCAUUACCACGGAGCAUGGUAUCAUUGUACAGAUGUUCAGUGGAGAUCAGCAGGGCCUUGCAUUACAGGCCACGUUCCUUUCUGCGAUGGGAGAAUACUCCAAAACUCUGCGUGAGCUCAAUCAGUACAUCAAGGCUAACCUUAUGACCGACUGUUUCCUUGCCUUUGAGAUCAUCGAAAUUGUGACAGCAAUGUCCUAUCGAAUUGACUCGAAGGCCGCAGAGCUGAAGAGCCUUCUGAUUGAAGCUCUCCGGCCUGUGCGCGAGACUGCCAAGUCAUCACUUUCCGAGCUGCUUGAAGAAACGAAGCGCAAGGCUGCUAGCGUGCCGCUUCCACCAGAUGGUGGAUCAGUGCCUCUUGUGGAGGAAGUGAUGAGUUCGCUGGCCACUUUGACCCACUACUCGGGUCCUCUGGCUUCGAUUUUGACAUCCCUGGGCGAUGGAAACUGGCGGGCCAAAUCUAACGCCGCCGGCUCUGCUCCACUGGAUGUAGGCCCCGACAGCGCUACUCUUCUCUCGCACUUCAUUUUGGACAUGCUCGAAGCUUUGAUGACCUCCCUUGAAGCUCGCGGCCGUGCUUUCCAUCGAUCAAAGGCAGCGCUCGGGGUUUUCCUUUCCAAUACGUUCUGUAUCGUGGAUCGAUCGAUCAGGCAAAGCCCAGAACUGGCGCGCUACCUUGGUUCACCGGAUAGCAUCGCCAGGAUCGAUACAUUCCGCAAGCGCGCCACGUCCACAUACUUGGACGCCUGGAAAGAAACCUCGCAGUACCUCCUCGAUGUUCAGUAUACGUCCCGUGGAGCGCAGCGGAAUUCCGGCGGCAACGUGGAUUCCAGUGCCAUUGUCAAGUCUCUUCCGUCCAAGGACCGAGACGCAAUUAAGGACAAAUUCAAGUCGUUCAAUGCGAGCUUCGAUGAGAUGGUAUCCCGACACAAGACCCUUCACAUGGAGCGUGAAGUGCGCACUGUACUGUCUCGGGAGCUGCAGACUGUCCUUGAGCCCUUGUAUGCCCGCUUUUAUGAUCGUUAUGUCGAGAUUGAUAAGGGACGUGGCAAGUACAUCAAGUACGACAAGGCGAGCUUGUCGGUGCAAUUGGCACAGCUGGCUUAA